AUGUCUUCAAUGGAGGACAUAUUUCAGAUCCCGCCCCCUUUAGGGCUAGGCGUGGGCUAUGGUAUUAUUGUCGGCGUUGGAGCGCUCUUCGCCGUUGGCAUGUCGUUGACUUCAUGGGCGCUGAGCCGGUACAUGAACGAGGUUCAGGACUCAGAGAUGUUCAUGACAGCCAAGCACUCGGUCAAGACAGGGCUGACGGCGUCGGCGGUGGUGUCGUCGUGGACGAUUGCAGCGACGCUGUUGACGUCAACCGCGUAUGGGUAUGAUUAUGGGGUCUCGGGACCUUUUUGGUAUGCUGCGGCAGCAAGCGUCCAAAUCAUGCUCUUCUCUGUGGCUGCCAUUGAGCUCAAGCGUCGCGCACCGAACGCGCAGACAUUUCUACAGGUGGCCAAAGUGCGGUACGGGACGGGGGUUCACGUCGUUUUUUCAUUAUACUCCUUCAUAUACCAGGUCAUUGCAACUGUGAACCUGCUAGUCGGUGGAUCUGCGGUCUUUGCAACCAUGACGGGCGUCAACCGCGAUGCGUCUUGUUUCUUGUUCCCCAUUGGUGUGGUUAUAUAUACCUUGGCUGGGGGAAUCAAGGCGACAUUCAUCACGGACUGGAUCCACACGGUGAUCAUCUACGUUAUAAUGCUGAUGUCCAUAUUCGCCGUCUACGUCACAUCCGAUGUGAUCGGGUCACCGGACAGGAUGUGGGAUCUUCUACACGAAGCGUCCGUUUUACAUCCCGUUGACGGCAAUGCCAGUGGGUCAUAUUUGACCAUGAGGAGUGAAGGGGGUGGCUUCAUCGGCCUCGUCUUCGUAGGCGCCGGUUUUGCCGCUGCGGUCGAUUCGCAGCUCUUCCAAAAGGCCAUCGCCGCCGAUCCCCGAAGUACAUCGAAUGGCUACAUCCUUGGUGGAAUAUGCUGGUUCGCCAUCCCCUUUGUUCUCGCAUCGACAUAUGGUCUUGCAGCAGCAGCGUCCGAGCACCUCCCCCAAUGGCCAACCUACCCAAACCGCAUGAAUGUGUACGAAUUAUCUUCGGGGAUACCUAUGCCUUACGCUGCAUUAGCAAUCAUGGGCAAGGGCGGGUCCAUCGGUGUACUCCUCACGGUCUUCAUGGCUGUCACCUCCGCCAUGUCAUCCGAGACUGUCGCCACCACUGCGUUGCUCGCCUACAAUCUGUACAAAGCCUAUAUAGACCCCAACGCGACCGGCAAGCAAAUCAUGACCUUCUCGCACUGGGUCACCCCCGGGUUCGGCAUAUGCACAGCAGCAAUCGCCGUAGGGUUCAACCACGCCGGUUUCUCGGUCGGUUUUCUUGUCACUGCCAUCGGCAUCUUCGUCGACUCGGCUAUUAUCCCAAUGGCGUGUACCAUCAUGUGGCGGAAGCAGUCCAAGGCGGCGGCCAUCAUCGCACCACUAUCUUGCUCCGUGGCGGGGAUUUUGGCGUGGGUUUUGACGGCGUAUACGCAUUAUGGUGUGGUGAAUAUUGCGUCUCUGUCUGCAAAUUUGCCCCUAGUGGCGGGCAACAUGAUGGCCUUGUGCGGACCGGCCGUGCUCACACCCCUAAUUACUUUUACCAAGCCAGACCAUUUUGACUGGACUAUCCUCAAGACGCAGAUAAAACGCGGUGAUGACGAACAUGUCACGUUGCAUGGGCACGCCGUGGAGAUUCGGAAUGCGGAGGCACAUGGUGCAUUGAUGCACAAUUCGGCUGAGGAACGGGAAGAACAGGAGGCACUGCUGAAAGCUCGGAACCGAUCCAUCUACAUCAGCCUCUUCCUCACCCUUUCAUUUCUAAUUCUGUGGCCAAUUCCGAUGUACGGAUAUAGCUACGUGUUUACGAAGACGUUCUUCAGGGGAUGGGUUGUGAUGUUGUUCCUGUGGGCCUUCUUUGCGGCGUUGACGAUUACAUUACUACCGAUUUGGGAGGCGAGGGGUUUAUUGAGAACGGGGUACUGGCACCUUACAAAGCGAAAGAGAGUAGCCACGGGCGUUCCCGAUAUCCUGGAUGGUACAGAAGCGAGGAAAGAGAGGGAGGAUGUGGCUUCACGCAGCGUUCGAAAUGGGCAUGUAAAUGGGAACAAUGAUAGAAUUAUGGAGUAG